GGAUUCUGUGGCUCGAGGACGAGGACGAGGCGACGACGAGGAGGCGAUGGUGCAACUGUUGAGACGAUCUCUGCGACAAGACUGAACUGAAUUGCGGUCGAUGAGAGCGAGCGAGCGAGCGAUCGAGCACGCCUCGAGCACUCAGGGAUGUUAAAUGGCAAGGAGCGUAGCUGCAGCCGUUUUCAGGCGCGUUGCCGCUAGCUCUCAGCAGUCGUCUUCGUCGUCGUUGUCCUCCUCCACUCCGCUCUCCCAAUGGACUAAAAGCGCUUGCGAUGUUGCGGGAGAAGAAGCUGGGAAUUUGUCUCCGCUGCUGAGACGAUGGAUUACGAAGAGUGCUUUUCGGAAGGAGGCAGCAGGAUCGACCCAAACUCUGCCCAAAAGAUUCAACCCGAAGAAGUCCGGGGGUUUGAAGCCACAGAAAUAUGGAAAAGAGCUGAAAGCAGCACCGAUCGCGAUCCCGACCCCAGUUCGGCCCCCCAAGGUGCGCAGAGGAGUGAUGAAAGUGCGUCCUCCCGUCGUCACCGUCAUGGGGCACGUGGAUCACGGGAAAACGUCGCUCCUCGAUGCCCUGCGAGAAACGUCGUUAGCUGCGAAGGAGGCAGGCGGGAUCACGCAACAUUUGGGAGCCUUCGAGGUGAGCAUGAAAUCUGGGGCGUCUCUGACAUUUCUGGACACGCCCGGCCACGCGGCUUUCAGUGAGAUGAGGGCGAGAGGGGCCGCAGUCACGGACAUCGUGGUGCUGGUCGUCGCGGCAGACGACGGUGUCAUGCCGCAGACCCGCGAAGCCAUGAAGCAUGCUCUGGCUGCGAAAGUGCCAAUCGUCGUCGCCAUCAACAAAUGUGACAAACCGGAAGCGAAUCCUGAGAAAGUGAGGCAGCAGCUUGCUGCCGAGGGGCUCGAGCUGGAAGACAUCGGUGGAAACGUGCAGGUGGUGGAAAUCUCGGCAACCAAGAAAAUGGGCCUGGACCAGCUCGAGGAGGCAUUGCUGCUGCAGGCCGAGUUUAUGGACCUGCAGGCCAGUGCUGAGGAGGAUGUCCACGCCGUUGUCGUGGAGGCUCGCAUCGAUCGUGGUCAAGGGCCUCUGGCCACUGCCAUCGUCAGGGAGGGGACGCUGACGCCGGGGCAGUACAUCGUCGUCGGGGCGCAGUGGGGAAGGAUAAGGGCGUUGAGGAACAUGUUGGGCCUCCAGAUCCCAUCCGCUGGCCCUUCGAUUCCUGUAGAAAUCGAUGGGCUGAAAGGAGUUCCGGAAGCAGGGGACGAAGUGGUCGUGGUAGCCAACGAAGAGCAAGCGAGGAAGCUGAGCGAGGAAAGGUUUCUGGUCAUGGAAGCAGGACGUUUGGAGAGGCUGAGCAGGCACAACUCAGAUUCCGAUUCCGACUCCCUGGAGACUGAAGAGGAGAAAUCAGAGAAGAAAGAAAUGGUUGUUUUGGUAAAAGCUGACGUCCAAGGCACAGCUCAAGCCGUCAGUCAAGCUCUGGAAGGGCUGAGCAGUGCACAGGUGGCCGUGAACAUAGUCCAUGCCGGAGUUGGGCCGGUGUCGCAGUCUGAUGUUGCACUGGCGGAAGCAUGUGGAGCAUGUGUUGUCGGCUUCAAUGUUCGGGCAAUGGCAGGGGCUGUGGAUGCGGCGGCGAAGCGUGCGAAGAUCAAAGUGUGUCAACACCGAAUCAUCUACCACCUGCUAGAGGACAUCGGCAAGAUGAUAGUAGGCAUGGCUCCCGGAACUAAGGAGACGAGAGUAGCCGGGCAAGCUGAAAUUCUGAGCGUUUUCGAGAUCAAGGGAAGGGGACGAGAGUGCCGAGGUGCUACCAAAAUUGCAGGCUGCAAGGUGGUCGAGGGUAAAUUGACUCGGGAUUCAAGGAUCCGCGUCAUGCGGAGUGGUGAGGUUUUGUUUGAAGGACCGUGCGCAUCGCUAAGGCGAGAGAAGGAUGACGUCGAGACAGCGAUCAAGGGCACUGAAUGUGGGAUUGUUUUGAAAGACUGGAUAGACUUCCAAGUAGGAGAUGUCAUCCAGUGCAUCGAGGAUGUCCGAAGGAUGCCCAAGUUCGUGUCUUCUCAGAGCGGUGCCGUGCGCAUUGAAUGCUAGGAUUCGGAAGCUCAACCAAUUUUUAUCUCCAUCCAUCAAGCCUUACAUCAUAUAGGGCUCUUAGUAUCUUUUUGCCGAGUGUAAAGAGUAAUUGUUAAACGGGGUAAAAAAGCCCUUUAGUAGGUAGAUAAUCUGUUCCCACUCCUCACGCAGUCAUUUGUGACAUCUAUGAAAAAGAGGAAUAAAGAUGCAGCCAUACUCUGCUGUCUCUCACUGCCGAGAGAGAUAUCUAUGAGGACCUUGC